AUGAAAAAGAAAACUACAAAAACAAUUGUAGGAAUGUCCUCUGAUCAUGACACUUUCUUUGUCGAUCUUCAUGUUGAUGAAAAACCAUCGUUCAGUAGUUCUCAAUCUAAGACAGACACAUUUUCAUCUGAAGGUUUAUGUUAUUGGAGCAAAGCAUUAUUUGUCGGUUUAAUUACGGUGUGUAUCAUUGCUAUUAUUCUUGUUCUUCUGUUUUUCGUUAUUGGAAAAAAAUUUAAGAAAAAUAAACGAUCAACAACAACGAGCACAAUUACAACAGCAAAAGAAGUAGAAGUGAAAGAUAUAUCAUCAAGCCCAAAAUAUCAGCCAGUGCCAAAUGUUUAA